CUCAGACACAAAUUGUCACUGCCACAUGAAAUGGUUUUGAGAACUUCUAGAAUUCAUAAUAGAUCCAGAUUGCUGUGCUGCAGAGCUCUUAACAUGAAAAGUCAGGAGUGACCCUGGCAGCUGGGUGACGCAUGUGGGAACAGUGGGAGUGACCCUGGCUGGGAAACAGGAGGCCUGGAUAUUGUUUCUCUUCUCUGUAUCCUGCUCGGCAUCACAGAACUCUGAACUCUCAAGCUUGUACAAUGGCCUUCCCAGGACGGGCACGCCCGUGCACUAUCCCAGAGAAUGAAGAAAUCCCCCAGACAGCCCUUAACAGUGUCCCCGAAGCUAAUGGGAAUGAAGACGAGAGGGCUGUGUCUAACCUGCAGCGCAGGCACAGUGACGUAAAAGUCUACAAGGAAUUCUGUGAUUUUUAUGCGAAAUUCAACAUGGCCAAUGCCUUAGCCAGUGCCACGUGUGAGCGCUGCAAGGGGGGCUUUGCACCUGCCGAGAAGAUCGUGAACAGUAAUGGUGAGCUGUACCAUGAACAGUGCUUCGUAUGUGCUCAGUGCUUUCAGCAGUUCCCAGAAGGACUCUUUUAUGAGUUUGAAGGAAGGAAGUACUGUGAGCAUGACUUCCAGAUGCUCUUUGCUCCCUGCUGCCACCAGUGUGGGGAGUUCAUCAUCGGCCGGGUUAUCAAAGCCAUGAACAACAGCUGGCAUCCUGAGUGCUUCCGAUGUGACCUCUGCCAGGAGGUGCUGGCAGACAUAGGGUUUGUCAAGAAUGCUGGCAGACAUCUAUGUCGCCCAUGUCAUAAUCGUGAAAAGGCCAGAGGCCUUGGAAAAUACAUCUGCCAGAAAUGUCAUGCCAUCAUUGAUGAACAGCCUCUGAUCUUCAAGAAUGACCCUUACCAUCCAGACCACUUCAACUGUGCCAACUGCGGGAAGGAGCUAACUGCUGAUGCUCGGGAGCUGAAAGGGGAGUUAUACUGUCUGCCAUGUCAUGAUAAGAUGGGGGUCCCUAUCUGUGGCGCCUGCCGGAGGCCCAUUGAAGGGCGAGUAGUGAAUGCCAUGGGCAAGCAAUGGCAUGUAGAGCAUUUUGUUUGUGCCAAAUGUGAAAAACCAUUUCUUGGACAUCGCCAUUAUGAGAGGAAGGGCUUGGCCUAUUGUGAAACUCACUAUAAUCAGCUAUUUGGUGAUGUUUGUUUCCACUGCAACCGUGUCAUAGAAGGUGAUGUGGUCUCUGCCCUCAACAAGGCCUGGUGCGUGAGCUGCUUUGCCUGUUCCACCUGCAAUACCAAACUGACACUCAAGGAUAAGUUUGUUGAAAUUGAUCUAAAGCCAGUCUGCAAAUACUGUUAUGAGAAAAUGCCAGAAGAGUUUAAGAGGCGACUUGCCAAACGGGAGAGAGAAGCAAAGGAUAAGGACAAGCAGAGAAAGAGAAAGCCAGUGUGUCUGUAACGUUCUAUCCCUUUCACACCAUUCUCAUUGCUUCUCUGUGGAAUAAAUUUGUGGAGUUUGACAUGAAGCCAGUCUGUAAGAAGUGCUAUGAGAAAUUUCCUUUGGAGCUGAAGAAAAGACUUAAGAAACUAUCUGAGACCUUAGGAAGGAAAUAACUUUUGGUGUCUUUUCUCUCUCUUCUAAUCAAUGUUACUUAACUUGAUCGACCUUGAUCCACCCUUGCUUAAAACUAUAUCAAAGCAUUAGAGAGAAUGGUUUUCUUCAUUUCCCUUUUCUCAUGUAAAAUGAAAGAAAAUGUUUAUUUCUAUGAAAAAACACACAUGAAAUCAGAACUUUCAUUUCUUUAGCUAUAUAUUAGUCUGUAGGCAUUAAAAGUAUAUAACCAAAAAACAAAAACAAAAAAAAAGGUUAAAGGAUAUUUUUAAUUGAGCCAUCCAAAAUAUAAAUUUAACUCUUUAGAGUUAAACACCCUGCUCUGUGGACCAACAGAAGCACUUGCUGCCAGCCCUAGUGGACUAAGUUGGAUCCUUAAAGUAUCUGAGACCAUGUCCAGGUGGGUCGUGUAAACAAGAACUCACUCCCACAAGUUGUCCUCUAGGCUCCACUGUCGGCCAUGGUGGAUAUACACCAACACACACAAUUAAUAAAUGUAAUGAACAACCACUGUUCUAAAGAGUCAGCUUUUACAUGACUCACAUUUUAAAGGACCCCAAACUUUGCUUUCCUUGAUAUCAUAAGAAUAUAAUCCCAAUCAUGAACUGGGAACUCUAUAGGGGAGGUAAGUAGGUUACCAGAGCAGUCCUGUGUAGGCAUGUGCUUAUCCAGUGAGCAUUGUGAAAGGAACAUGCAUAUUACUAAAGAGCAAUCCUGUGUAGGCAUGUGCUUAUCCAGUGAGCAUUGUGAAAGGAACAUGCAUAUUACUAAAGAGCAAAACAUUUCAGAAUGGCUUGAUUUUUUUUUUUUAUUAAAUCACUAUGCUUAGUUUUCUAUUUCGUUCUCCUUAUAAAUUUUUCCUUCAUAAAAUUACUUAGCAUACUAGCUACUAAUGUCUUUUACAUUUUUUGAACAAAACAAAACAAAAAAGUUAUCUAGAAAAUCCUGCAUACAUUGUGAUGUUGGGGAAAUGAAGCAUUUUAAAAAUAUAUUAUACAAUUAUGCUUCUAAGCUUAUUGUAAAAUCAUAGUACUCAAGUGGGACAUGACAUGCACUAUUAGGCAGCUUGGAGUAUGGCUUUCAAAAGUGAGUGUGAGCCAGAUGUGGUGGCACUAGGCUUUAAUCCCAGCACUCUGGAGGCCAAGACAGGCAGAUCUCUGUGAGUCCUAGGCCAACCAGAGCUGCAUCUUAAAACCUUGUUUCAGAAAAAAUGACUGUAUCUCAUAUUACCUUUGUGCUAAUAGCUAUGCUUCAUAUAUAAUCUAACUUACCUUGCCUUAGAAAACUGCAUUCUAUAAUCAGAAAUUCUAGCUACUUCCUAUAAUACCAAAAUAAGUAUUUGGACUGAGAUUAAUUCUUUUCUCAGGAAGCCAAUGAAAGUUAAUUCCUGUCCUCUUAUUAGAACUAUGCUGAUUUAUUAAAACAUAUUUUAAUGAAGGCUUUUUCAUUUCAAACAUCAUAACUGGGUUUUAUUUACUAUAAAGUAGUAAAACAGUAUAAAUGAUACUUUUAGAUUGAAAGAGGCUAGUAAGAGUAUCAACUUUAAGUAAAAAUCAGUGAGUUUUGUUUUAUAAAAAUUUUUAUCUUGAAAUAUCUGGACCAUUCUUUUUGUAUAAGCUCAAUAUGCAAAAGUAUGAACAUUUUUAAAUUUUUUCUGCUGCUAACAUGUUACCUUCUUUUUCUCAGUUGCCAAGAUAUAUUUUGCAAACAUUGCACUAUAGUCUCAGCACUUGGGAGGCUGAGGAAGAAAGAUUACCAGGAGUUCUAGGUCAGUGUGAGAUGCUAUCCCCCAAAACAUCCCCACAAACAAAAACACUAGUGUAUUGUUUUGCCAUAAAGAAUAUCUCAGGAGCCUAGAAAAAUGGACCUGAGUUUGAACUUGGAGAGGGCAGAUCUCUAGACUUAGCCAGCUCAGCCUAACAACUGAGCCACAGAUCCAAGGGGGAAAUCCUGUAUCACGAAAAGCAAGGUGGAUGGCUCCUGAGGAAUGACAGCCAGGAUUGAAAUCUGGCCUCCACAUACACACAUACACAUGCGCACACAUUCAGAAAUAUAGACAUAUACACACAAAAAAAUAGAUAUCUCAGGAUGCUGUUACUCUGCCAUUAACAGUUUGUAAUCAUGAAUCUUCAAAAUACUUGAUUAUGCACAUUAUGGAAUACGUUUCUGUUUUCAGAUAACUAACUUGUAACCAAUCAUUUUAUUUCCUAAUAUUCUUUUGGAAUUAAGAGAAUUAUAAAUGAUUAAAAAUAUACAUGCUUUGUGUUUGUUUAGCAUUUUAAAUUUGUCUUUGCUUUUGACAACAAGAACCAAAAUUUCUUUAGUGUGCCUUUGUCAGCUAAGAAUUACUAGCAGUGAUUACCUUAAAAGUAUUUAUGAACUAUUGUACAUGCAUUUAGGCAAAUAGAAUUUGUAGUCUAGGGUCUCGAUGCUAAGUUCUUACAUACCUCACUGGAAGCAUGGAGCAGAAAGGCAGGCAUUCCCGUGCUUUCCCCAUCACUUUAGAGGUGUAUGCCUUGCCUGACUGCCUUUGCUUACGUGACAUCGCUUAGCCAGAGUCCCCAUGUUGUCUUUGCUCACAUCUCUUCAGACAGGAAUAUUCCAGUAAGUUUGAUCUCAUAAUUACAUGGUGAUUCAUCUAGAGAUGGUGCUUCACUGUGGGGUAUCAUUAGAGCCCAUAGUGUGGAAGAAGAUGGAGGUCUAAAAGGGGCCAUGACAAAGACGUCAUCCAGUUCCUACUAGUUGUGGAGCUUCACUGGCUGAUGACAUUUGUCAGUGAACAUCUCUGUUUGAAUUUCUGAGAACAAUUUGAAAUAAUUCAUUGUGCUUAUGAAAUUUCUAAGUGCCCUUUUUGUCCUUAGUUACCCUAACGUAACAUGGAAAAUGGAUACACAAAAAAUAUUUUUUAUGUCAUGUUGAAAGCCUUAUUAACACUUUGCCUGAAAUAGGUCAUUUUGCCUCAUCCAUUUGCCAAAGUAGCCAAUUCCAAGUUAAGGAAACUUGGAUGUAGGCUGACAAUAUUCUUGUAUUUUAUUUUAGAUUGUAAGCUUAAUGGCAGGAAAUUAUAUCAAUAAUUGUGCUUUUUAUGUAGCAACCAUUGCUGUGUACUUUUGGUGCUUAAUAAAUAUUCAUAAUUAUUUGUAGUGUGUUACGUA